AUGGGCAUGUUCAGGCCAGGUCGGGCAAGGUCCCUGCUCCUUGCCAUGAUGGCCAUGAUUUUGGUAUGCACGGUCUACCUCUACUGGUCCCCGAUCACCGCGUCAUCCACCGUCUCCGUUGUUCCGAGCACGGCGUUCGAAGUACCUCUAUCAGAACGACAGAAGGAUUUCUGGAAAGCCUUCCACCCCUUAUUGGAGCGUCAUAAUCCCAAUUGCCCAUCUCCGCAGAAAUUGGAUGAUGCGGGGGCCGGCCAUUUCGACCCCACGAAAGAAAGCCUGCGGCAGGACAUUACAACUUUGGCGGAGCAGGACCAAAAGGCAAUGGAGGCGGCCCAUGCUGGCUUCGUUGAAGAUAUAAAGGCGGCCGGAAAGGCCUUGGAACCUGUUCAUACCACUGGAAAGCGAGGUUUAGUCUCGACGGCGGGCUCAACGUAUCUACCUGUGUUUGUCUCAUCAUUACGGAUGCUCCGUCGGACUGGAUCCACAUUACCAGUGGAAGUAUACAUGAAGGAUGCAGGUGAAUACGAAAAGCGCAUAUGUAAUGACGUGCUGCCUGCUCUGAAUGCACGGUGUUUGGUCCUGGGUGAUGUAGUAGGAAAGGAUAUCAUUGAGCAUUAUCAGCUCAAGAUCUUUGCAGUACUCUUUUCUUCCUUCGAAGAAAUUGUCUGGAUGGAUGCGGACUGCUUUCCUCUGGGAAAACCUGAAGAUUUACUGGACUCGGAGCCAUUUAUCUCGUCUGGAUUGGUAACCUGGCCAGAUUUCUGGAAGUCCUCCGCAUCGCCUCUGUACUACAAGAUCUCCCGCCAAGAGGCACCGCCCAUCACAGCCCGUCAAUCUUCGGAGACGGGUGUGUUCUUGGUGUCGAAGAAGACUCACUUCCUGCCCCUUCUCCUUGCGGCCUACUAUAAUUAUUAUGGCCCGUCCCACUACUUCAGGCUGUUGUCUCAGGGCGGACCGGGUGAAGGUGAUAAAGAGACAUUUCUCCAAGCGGCUACGGCAAUGGGGGCACCAUUCUAUGCCGUGAGUGAGCGAGUACAGGCCAUUGGUCACCAACUUGGUGAAAAGCUAGCAGGCUCAGCCAUGGCCCAAUCAGACCCUCGAGAAGACUAUGCACUCACCUCGCAAGACAAAUGGCGAACCAAGGAUCCCAAUGUUGCACCACCGCCACAUGUGUUCUUUAUCCAUGCAAAUUAUCCCAAGUUCAACCCAGGCGACAAUGUCUUUGGCACAGGCUGGGAAACAACUCCCACCUUGAAGGAGGAUGGCUCAGAUGGCCGUGCCUGGACAGCUCCUCUCGACACAAUCCAGCGAUUUGGGUAUGAUAUUGAGAAGACUUAUUGGGAAGAGAUCAAGUUUGUUACAUGUCGUUAUGAAAAUCUCUUUAAAUCGUGGGAACAUAAAGCCGGUCUUUGUCAGAAGGUGGAAGACUACUGGACUCACGUCUUCGCUGAGCCACAUGAUGACGACCCAAAGUUCAGCCUAGAUGGUUGA